UUUUAUGUAUCAUGCGGAGUUCUUUUCUCUGCAUCCUCUGUGGUGAAGUGUUUUCUAGGCAUCCGAUCUUUCAAUUCCCUUUGCGUUGGACAAGGACUUUUCUAGGAUGUCCAUAUUCAAUCAGAAGUGUGCUUUCUUCGUUACUGGUGCAUCGCGCGGCUAUGGACGGGCAAUAGCCUUGGCACUUGCUAAGGAAUUGGCUGAGGGAGAAUUGCUCGGUGAAGGCUCCUUGCUAGUGGGGACAUCGAGAUGCCAAGAGCGUCUGGAUAGCCUGAAAGAGGAGCUUGCGUUCGUGUGCCCCAAACUGGUGGUGCGCUUGCGCUGUGUGGAGAUCAGCGAUGUAGCUAGCAUGGCUGAAGUGUUCUGUGAUUUAGUGAAAGUUGAGCACGCCUAUGACGUAGCCGCCAUAGUACACAAUGCUGGAAGCGCAGGCGAUUUGACUGUAUCUUGUCUGCAGCAGACAGAUGCCGGUGCUGUACAGAAAGCUCUGGAUCUGAACAUUAACUCAUUGCUGCAAUUGAAUGGUGCGUUCCUGCGACAGUUUGAAUCAACCCCAACAACCCUGUUUGUUGUCAACAUCACAUCACUGCUUGCUGUGGAGGCAUUUCCAGGACUGCACAUAUACUGCUUGGCCAAGGCUGCACGGGAUAUGUACAUCAAGGUACUGGCAAAAGAACAGCCAUCCGUCCGCUGCCUGAAUUGGGCACCAGGACCCAUGCCCACUGACCUCUUCGAUGAAAUCAAAACCCAGUCGUUUCGCUCGGACAUACGCGACUCGUUCGCAAAGAUGGCAGAUGAGAAGUCAUUCGUAACGUGUGCAGCGUCAUCAUCCAAGCUGAUGGGUUUGCUGAGAGACAACAAAUUUGAAUCAGGCUCUCAUAUAGAUAUCUAUGAUUUGUGAUGAGCAGGUCUCUCGUACUAGCUUUCCAGCAAAACACAUCAUUAUUCGCACAGAGCGCUUUGGCUUGCUGUGUGGUAAAUACUGGGCAUUCUAGUCGGGACAAUAGGGGUAUGGCGUCUGCGAAUGGCCGAACCAGUUGGAUGUGCAGGCUACGCUUUACCAUCUCCGGUGGACCGUGCGGCGAUGGAUUGGUGGUGAUUUAUUGAUUCUACGUUCUUCCAAAGAACAUCAACAUCCAAGCAGCAACGUCUGUGUCCCGCAUGUGUGACAUUUGGUGCCCUGGCAUCAUGGGAAGUGCCGUGCAGAACGGGUAAAAAGUGUUUGUUUUAACACCUGUCAGUUUUCUGGAACUACGCUGUGCGUAAUAUAGAUCUUGGCUGGACUUUAGAGGUGGCUGGGCCAUCCAGUUUUUUUGAACUUUAUUUGGAAUAUUUGGUAUGAAAUUAGUUCAUUUAUGCCUUAUUCGUUUCCUCCAUAUACUGGAUAUAUUAUACCGUAAUACAUUGUAUUGUAUUGAAAGUUCUCAUGAAACGUCUUUCCACCUCACUGUGAGAAAAUUAUACACUUUUCUUGGUUACAUUUUACUUGAAAACUAUCUGGUUUUUGUAUUAA